GAUGUGCUGUGAGGGAAAACACAACAACACUGUUAAAGAGGAGAGGUGUGCAACUUUUCUCCUUGGUAGUAAAACCACGCUUCGCGAAAUCAGAACCUGGGAACUCACUUAACUGAUAAAACCACGAAGCUGAGCUAACCUGGAUCCUGAAAAAACAUGCUGAGCCCUGCAAACGGGGAGUCGCUGAACGUUGUGACUAAUUAUGUGGAGGAGUAUCUGGACCUCGUUGAAUCUUUACCGCUGGACCUGCAGAGAUGUGUUUCACUGAUGAGAGAGAUAGACGGAAAAUAUCAAGAGAUCCUGAAGGAGCUGAAUGACGCUUAUGAGAGACACCGGCAAGAAUCAGACCCGGUGCUGAGGCGGCGACUCCUGCACUGCAUUCAGUGCUCUCUAAUCCGCGCUCAGGAGCUCGGAGAUGAGAAGAUCCAGAUCGCAGGCCAGAUGGUGGAGCUGGUGGAGAACCGCACUCGUCAAUUUGAGUGGCAGGUGGAGCUUUUCCAGGCCUGUCAGAGCUCACCUGAGAGCGCCGUGUCCGUGGGCAGCGCUUCAUCUGCUGCCAUAACGACAGUAACCAUGACACCACUGUCCACUCCGUUGCUUUCGCUGGGCAAACCAAGCACAGACAAAAAGCGAGACGAGACACCAGGGUCGGUAGAUAAGUCUGGUGCGAAACGCUCGCGAAGGCAAAAAAGUGGCUCAGAGAACCGAGAAAACACCAGCUACAACUUAGACCACGGUGAAGACCUUGGAGCAGGAACACCAAAAGAGAAAAAGCCCAAGACUUCAUCGACGUCGUCGUCGAAAAAGAAAAAGAGGUCGAAAGCCAAGCAGGAGCGAGAGGCAUCACCGGCUGACCUGCCCAUCGAUCCGAAUGAGCCCACCUACUGCCUGUGUGAGCAGGUCUCUUACGGAGAGAUGAUUUGCUGCGAUAAUGACAAAUGCCCGAUCGAAUGGUUUCACUUCUCCUGUGUUGGCCUCCACCAUAAGCCCAAAGGGAAGUGGUUCUGCCCGAAAUGCAGAGGAGAGAAUGAGAAGACCAUGGACAAAAGCCUAGAGAGGUCCAAAAAGGAGAGGGCAUACAGUAGGUAGUCUCUCACCUAAGCCAGCCUUACUUAACCUUCUCACUCACCUGUUGAUACUCAGUAUUAUUGCAAUAGUGUGGAAUAGUCUGUUCACAAUGGACCAGUUACAUUCAGUUCAUUCAGUGUUUUCUUUUUUCUAAGAAAAGUAUUGAGGUUCACACUGUUCACAGGAGCUGUUUAGUCCAGCUAUACUCAGUUAUGCGUGAGUGUUCUGUUAAAAAGGAGUCCUCCAGUAUUUUUCAGUCUAAUCUAAGUCUGCUGUAGCGUGCGGUUGAUUGCCACUGACAGUUAUUUCCAUGUAUUUCGAGAAAAAGCCUGCAGUCUUCUUUUAAAUACAGUCAUACGCAAAAGUUUGGGCACCCCAGUCAAAUUAGGUUUUGUUGAGAGAACAGAAAACAUGCAUUUUAGUGCAUUUAAUUACUAUUUAUUUGCUGAUGUAAGUGUGUGGCAUGUAUUAAUGUUAUGGCACAUUUAAUAUGUAAUAUUUUCCCCUAAAUGUUAAAUCCAGCAGAUAAUUAGAAUUUGUGCACCUAAUUCUGUAGAAAGUUGCCAUAUUUAAGUUUACUUGCUGUAGUACAUGUGUUAACUUAUUUUCACUUGGAAAAACCAUGUAAUUUGACCAGGGGGUGUUUAAAAUACGCAUACGACUGUAUGUUGCAAGUCAGUGGGUUUUCUGCCCUUUUACUAGCCACAGGGAAACAUCAGAAUAACGGUCUGUCAUAAUCCGUGUGCUUCUGACACAGCGGGUAAAGAUUAGGCUGGGUAACACUGGAAUAUUCCUUUAAGGGUUACAUGAGGUCCGUAGUAUCACUGAAAGUUAUCAGUCUCUGUCUCAAAUUGAUCAGCUUCCUACAGACUGCUUUCAGGUACUGUUAUCUGUUCAUCUCACAAAUCUUAUAGCAAUACCAUAUUUUUUGUAGACUUCACGUUUCCACCAGUUUUAUAUGCCUACUUUUUCAGUGCCAUAAUAAAAGUGCAGUUUAUCCAUUGUGU